AUGGAGAGCGAGCCUGGCAUUGUGUCUCCUUUCAAGAGAGUCUUCCUGAAGGGGGAGAAGGGGAGGGACAAGAAGGCGCAGGAGAAGGUGGCGGAGCGGCGGCCGCUGCACACGGUGCUGCUGGCCCUGCCCGACCGCGUGGAGCCCGACCUGCUGCUCAACGACUACAUCGAGAAGGAGGUCAAGUACUUAGGUCAGCUCAGCUCCAUCCCGGGGUACCUGAACCCCUCCAGCCGCACCGAGAUCCUGCAGCUGAUUGACAACGCCAAGAGGGCACACCAGCUGCCCGGGCAGCUGACCCAGGAGCACGACGCUGUCAUCAGCCUCUCUGCCUACAACAUCAAGCUGGUGUGGAGGGAUGGAGAAGAUCUCAUCCUCAGGGUCCCCAUCCACGACAUCGCCUCCGUGUCCUACAUCCGAGACGACUCCUCUCACCUGGUUGUGCUGAAGACAGCUCAGGACCCUGGGAUCUCCCCCAGCCAGAGCCUCUGCGCCGAGAGCUCCAAGGCGCUGGCGUCCGGCUCGCUGUCCGAGAGUGGGGUGGUGCCUCUGGAAGCUUGCUGCUUGGUGGUGCUGGCCACAGAGAACAAGGUGACUGCUGAGGAGCUGUGCUCUCUGCUCAGCCAGGUCUUCCAGAUCGUUUACACCGAGUCCACCAUCGACUUCCUGGACAGAGCCAUCUUCGACGGGGCCUCCACGCCCACGCGCCACCUCUCGCUGCACAGCGGUGAGCACAGCCCCUGCCAGCCAGCCUCAGCCCUCCUCAGCCUCACCCAGCGCCCUCUGAGGGCAGGGCCAGCCUGCAGGGGGUGGAAGAAAGCCCUUCCUCUCCUUGCUUCCCAGCCCUGCCCUGAUGAUCUCACUGUUCUCCUUGCAGAUGACUCCUCUACAAAGGUGGAUGUGAAGGAACCUUAUGAAGCUGAAGCCAGCACUUUCUCCUUUCCAGAAGCCCUGGAUGCUGGGGACAGCUCCCCCUCCUGCUUCUCCAGCCAGCAGUCCCCACACGUCAAGACAGCGAGCGAGAGCGAGCUGAGCACCACGGCCACCGAGCUGCUGCAGGACUACAUGAUGACACUGCGCACGAAGCUCUCCUCGCAGGAGAUCCAGCAGUUCGCCAUGCUGCUGCACGAGUACCGCAACGGGGCCUCCAUCCACGAGUUCUGCAUCAACCUCAAGCAGCUCUAUGGGGACAGCAGGAAGUUCCUGCUCCUGGGGCUGCGUCCCUUCAUCCCCGAGAAGGACAGCCAGCACUUCGAGAACUUCCUGGAGACGAUCGGCGUGAAGGACGGCCGCGGGAUCAUCACCGACAGCUUCGGGCGGUACCGCAGGACGCUCAGCACCGCCUCCACCUCCACCACCAACGGCAACGGCGCCGCCGGCAGCUCCGACGAGCAGUCGGUGCCCUCGGAGGAGGACGAGUGGGACAGGAUGAUCUCCCACAUCAGCAACGACAUCGAGGCCCUGGGCUGCAGCAUGGACAGAGACUCCUCCUGAGG